GUGUGUGUGUGUGUGUGCGCGCGCGCCUUGGGUUUGGGACGCCCAGGGCUCUGCCGGGAGCUGGCGGCCCGACUCGCGGGCGGGUCCCCCCACGCACAUCCGUUUCUCCGGGGUUGCGGGGGACGUGGUCCUCGGGACCUCGGACGCGUGGCCCGAACGGGCGGGGGAGGGGACCGAGGUCGGUCGCCUUCGGGAGGGAAGCCGGGAAUGGCGCGCCCGACCCCACUUAACGGUCGGGGUCGAGGGCCCCACAGUCAUCCUUCAACCACUCCCCUUGCUUUUAACAGAAAAAGAAAACCCGGGCCCAAGAGACUGAGUCUUUUGCACAAAGUUACAAAGCUGAGUUGGACCCAGACCCCGGGACUCCCCUCUCUGUGCCACCCGGAAGCAUCUCCCCUGCCCUUGACUUCCCACUCUGCCCUCCCGGCUUCCCAGUAAGGAGCAGCAGCUGGAGUGAUUAUUUGACUUUUACAAGAUCCAUUUUAUUAAUUGAAGAUAUGGCUGGAGAUGAAGGCGCAGUGUUACUGCUUGCCUAGGAUGUGUGAGGCCCAGGUUUCUAAUCCCAUCACCAAGAGAGAGAAGAGGCUGGUCGGGAGGACUCGAGGCCCAGUUCUGUGUACCCAUGGACCCGUCUCUUAGUGCCCAGGGUUGGGAUGGUUGUGAGAAGGUGCAAGAGGAAGCUUCAGUCUAGGGGACCCUGCCUCCAGCCCUGGGAAGCAAGUACAGGUGCCUAUGUGUGCUAGCAUUCAGCCUCAGGACCACCUUUAACCACCAUCAUCCAAACUAUGCAUGCCUGGGACCCCCCUGGCUCACAGUCCCAGACACUGCCCCUUGCUUCCUCAGCCCUGAUGCUGCUGCUGAGCUGCCUGUGGUUAGUAGGGGCUGGCCCCAGCCUCACAUUGGCUCCAGAGCUGCUAAUGGACCCCUGGCAGGUGCACCGUCUGCUGACCCAUGCUGUGGGCCAUACCGCACUGCCAGGCCUGCUCCUCAGCCUGCUGCUCCUGUCCACUCUGGGGUGGUGGCAGGAGUGCCACCUGGGUACGCUGCGCUUCCUGCACAACUCCAUCCUGCUUGCCCUGGCCACUGGGCUGCUGGCUGUGCUGCUGGCAGGCCUCGGGGCGUCUAGUGCAGCUGGGGGCUGUGGCUACAUGCCUGUCCAUCUGGCCAUGCUGGCAGGGCACAGUUACUACCCUGGAUGGCCUCAGGGGACUCUGCCACCAUGGCUGCUCCCAUGGCUGCUGCUGGCCCUGACCCUGCUGCUAGGCUCUGAACCACCCUUCCUGCAGCUCCUGUGUGGCCUUCUGGCUGGCCUAGCCUACGCUGCUGGGGCCUUCCGGUGGCUGGAGCUCUCGGAGCGGAGACUGCAGCUGUUACAGGAGGGUGCUCUUUGCAGGACUCUGGCCCGGUGCUGGCCACUGAGGCUCCUUCCUACCCCAGGCAGUCUGGCUGAACUGCCUGUCACUUACCCUGCUGGAGUGAGGCCUGCCCCUGGACCUCCUUACCUGCCCCCCUCAAGCUCCUGGACUCACAGUGAUGGCUCUGCCCAGCACCCACCAGGCCUGACAUGGAAGGACUCAGAGAGCAGCUUGGGCUGGGCUGGGUCCAGCUUUGCUCCAGGAACCCCAAUGUGGGCAGCCCUGGAUGAGCAAAUGCUACAGGAAGGGAUCCAGGCCUCACUUCUCGAUGCGGCAGUCCAGGGUCCCCAGAGCUCUCUUUGGUUGCCCAAGUCCUCUGUAUCUUCUCUGCGGCUGCAGCAGCUAGAGCACAUGGGAUUCCCUACUGAGAAGGCUGCAGUGGCUUUGGCAGCUACUGGACGUGUGGAGGGGGCAGUGUCACUGCUGGUGGAAGGCCUAGUGGAAACUGAGGCCCCAGUAACCGACGGGAGAAGUGGUUCUGCCCAUUGCUAGGGCACUGGGCCCUCAUAGUCCAAGACAAGAGUGGGCUUGGUCUGAGUCCUUGCCCUAUCUACUUGAGGGCUUAGUGGGGUGUUGAAAGCACUAGGGGCAGGAAUGGGCCCCAGCAUGUUGCCCUGGUACUAAGAAUAAAAGCUGAUUUGUUUUUCAA